UGCGCGUGCACGAGAACCCGCGCGCUCCUGUGAGUGAGGAGAGAAGCGCUUCAGCUCGCCGCCUCUCCAAACCUGUUGCCUUUUCAAUAUCAUUUAUUAUUUCAUCAUUAUUAUUGUUGUUAUUUUGAGCCCAGAGAAGGACCGCGUAUUCCAGACUCUCACGGAGGAGAAGAAACGAGAAGAAAUGAGGAAUGUGGAGAGAAGCAGUGAGGAGAGGAAUAGGAGCGGAUUUCCUGUCGGGUGCUCGCUUUGAUGUUUCGGAGAAAACUAAUCCCAAGAGCGGAAACGACACCAGAGGAGUUCAUAUACCAGAACCGGAGUGUGAACAAAACACACCACGAGUCGUGUUAUUUUCCAUUUCAAUACCACACACACACACACACACACACACACACACACACACACACACACACACACACACUCUCUCUCUCUCUCUCUCUCUCUCUCUCUCUCUCUCUCUCUCUCUCUCUCACACUCACACACACACUCUCUAGUUCCUGAAGGACGGAUGUAAUCUUCUACAGAAGCCACAGCUGAAGCUGGUCUCUCGUCAGGACUCUGAUCUUCAGCGUCCAUGCAGAAUGGAGUGAUGUUUCAUGAUGUUGUAUAAUCAUGGGAUAAAAUGUUCCUAUGAAACCAUUUCAGUCGGUUUUUGAUGGGAAUUUUGCGACUAAAAAUCCAGAACAAGACCAAGAAGUUAUCAAUAGUCGGUUCUCCCUUCACCAGCCGUCAUGUGAAGUUUUCAUCUCCUUCUCUCCAUACACACCACACAUACACAUAUAACAGUGUAUCUGAACUCCACUAACGUGGUUUUAAAUGGAUUCUCCGUCGCUAAAUCCGAUUCCCGGAGGACGGAUUAAUCCUAAUCGUGAACUUGAUGGAGUUUCAUCGCAGAUAAACAUGACUCACUUUUGAUUUCCGUGAUUUUCUCAGUGGGGUUUUUCCUGCUAGUACUUCCCAGGUCGAGUGGGUCUACAUGGCCGAUGAGCAUUCAGGGCCCGCAUGCUUCCAGCUAAAGAUGGUGACGUUCGGCACCAGCCCUCCCAAAACUCCAUGAUGGCGAACCCGAGGAAGAUGGACCCGAUCAUCCCGUACUUUGCCGACGUGCCGUGCGACAAAAAUGGCCAGCGCAUGUGGUGGGCCUUCCUCGCAUCGUCCAUGGUCACGUUCUUCGGCGGGCUCUUCAUCAUCCUGCUGUGGAGGACGGUCCGGUACCUGUGGACCGUAUGCUGUCACUGCAGCACCAAAAAAAAGGAUGUUCAGCGGGUCAGCAGUGUGGAGAAGAAGGACAUUACGGUGGUCAGCGAGGUGGGCUGGAUGACCUCGGUGAAGGACUGGGCCGGGGUCAUGAUCUCCGCACAGACACUCACCGGACGCGUGCUGGUGGUGCUGGUGUUCAUCCUCAGUAUCGGAGCGCUCGUCAUUUACUUCAUCGACUCCUCCAGUCCGAUCGAGUCGUGUCCUCACUUUGAUAAAGAAUUUACACUGCAGAUAGACAUGGCCUUCAACAUCUUCUUCCUGCUCUACUUCGGCUUACGCUUCAUCGCGGCGAAUGAUAAGCUGUGGUUCUGGUUGGAGGUGAACUCAGUGGUGGAUUUCUUCACCGUGCCGCCGGUGUUUGUGUCUGUGUAUCUGAACAGGAGCUGGCUGGGUUUGAGGUUUUUAAGAGCCUUACGCUUGAUACAGUUCUCUGAAAUAUUACAGUUUUUAAAUAUCCUAAAAACCAGCAAUUCUAUAAAGUUGGUGAACUUGUGCUCGAUCUUCAUUAGCACGUGGCUAACCGCUGCAGGCUUCAUACACUUGGUGGAAAACUCAGGCGAUCCGUGGGAAAACUUCCAGAAUUUCCAGCAGAUGUCGUAUUGGGAGUGUGUGUAUCUGCUGAUGGUGACGAUGUCCACUGUGGGUUACGGAGACGUGUACGCUAAAACUACACUCGGACGCCUGUUCAUGGUGUUCUUCAUCCUCGGUGGACUGGCCAUGUUUGCCAGCUACGUCCCCGAAAUCAUAGAAUUAAUAGGAAACCGUAAGAAAUAUGGCGGUUCCUAUAGUGCAGUAAAUGGGAGAAAGCAUAUUGUGGUGUGCGGUCACAUCACUCUGGAAAGUGUUUCCAACUUCCUCAAAGACUUCCUUCACAAGGACAGGGACGAUGUCAAUGUAGAAAUAGUUUUUCUCCAUAAUAUUUCCCCUAAUCUUGAGUUGGAAGCCUUAUUCAAGCGCCACUUCACUCAGGUAGAGUUCUACCAGGGUUCUGUCCUAAAUCCACACGACCUGGCCCGAGUCAAGAUUGAAUCAGCAGACGCGUGUUUAAUUUUAGCCAAUAAAUACUGCGCAGACCCCGACGCUGAGGACGCGUCCAACAUCAUGAGAGUGAUAUCUAUUAAAAACUACCACCCAAAGAUCCGCAUCAUCACACAGAUGCUUCAGUAUCACAAUAAGGCUCACUUGUUGAACAUCCCGAGCUGGAACUGGAAGGAAGGAGAUGAUGCGAUUUGUCUGGCAGAACUGAAGCUGGGCUUCAUCGCUCAGAGCUGCUUAGCGCAGGGGCUCUCCACCAUGCUGGCUAACCUGUUCUCCAUGAGGUCAUACAUUAAGAUCGAAGAGGACACGUGGCAGAAGUAUUACCUGGAAGGAGUAGCUAAUGAAAUGUACACUGAGUACCUGUCCAGUGCCUUUGUGGGUUUAUCCUUCCCCAUGGUGUGUGAGUUGUGUUAUGUGAAGCUGAAGCUCCUCCUGAUAGCCAUCGAGUAUAAAUCUGAUCAGAGAGAGAGCAGUACACUUAUUAACCCAGGCAAUCAUGUGAAGAUGCAGGAAGGAACACUGGGUUUCUUUAUCGCCAGCGAUGCCAAAGAAGUAAAGAGAGCUCUGUACUACUGCAAAGCUUGUCAUGAUGACAUCUCAGACCCCAAACGGAUAAAGAAGUGCGGAUGCAAACGACACAAGACGGCGGGCAGCCGCCGAACGAGACUGGCGUGUUGUUUUGGUUGCGGCGAGGCCGAGCACGGCUGUUCGUGCAUGUCUCGCAGCACACGUAGUAACAUGGAGACUCCGCCAUGUGCCUUGCCUCUUUCUCCCACCUCUGUUAGUGAUAAGUCUGCCACUUUACGCACCUCUAAAAGUAACUAUAACGGAUAUAUCAAAGCAACGAUGGACGUCCCGGCAGUGCAGCAGUCCGCUCUGUCGCCUAAGAAAAAACAACGCAAUGGAGGAAUGAGAACUUCACCCAACUGCUCUCCAAAAACUAUACGACUCUUGUCCAUGUCCAGACACGAGCCUGUGCUGAUCCCCAGCCAUGAUCAGAUGGAGACGAUGGACGAUAGCGUGAAGAGGUACGACUCCACCGGAAUGUUCCACUGGUGUCCAUCCAGAGACAUUGAGAAGGUCACAUUGACCCGUAGCGAGGCAGCCAUGACGGUUCUAAGCGGUCAUGUGGUAGUGUGUAUUUUUGGCGAUGUGAAGUCGGCCGUGGUGGGUCUGAGGAACCUGGUGAUGCCUCUAAGAGCGAGUAACUUCCACUACCAUGAGCUGAAACACAUUGUGUUUGUGGGAUCACUGGAGUACUUGAAGAGGGAGUGGGAGACGCUACACAACUUCCCCAAAGUCUCCAUUUUACCUGGCACUCCUCUGAGCAGGGCGGAUCUGAGAGCAGUCAACAUUAACCUGUGUGACAUGUGUGUGAUCCUUUCGGCCAAUCAGACCAACAUCGAUGAUGCAUCUCUGCAGGAUAAAGAGUGUAUUCUCGCCUCGCUCAAUAUCAAGUCCAUGCAGUUUGAUGACAGUAUAGGCCUUCUACAGGCCAACUCACAGGGCUUCACUCCUCCUGGGAUGGAUCGGUCGUCUCCUGAAAACAGUCCUGUUCAUGGUCUGGAGCGACAAACUUCCAUCAGCACGGGAGCGAACAUCCCCAUCAUCACUGAACUUGCUAAGUCAGACAGGCUGCUGAACGCAGUGUGUGUGAGACAGGACAAGAGCUGCGGAACCAACAUUCCAAUGAUCACUGAACUGGUAAAUGAUGCCAAUGUUCAGUUCCUGGAUCAGGAUGAUGAUGAUGAUCCGGACACUGAGCUCUACCUCACACAGCCCUUCGCCUGUGGAACCGCCUUCGCCGUCAGUGUGCUCGACUCACUGAUGAGUGCCACGUACUUUAAUGACAAUAUCCUAACGUUAAUAAGGACGUUAGUGACGGGCGGGGCCACUCCCGAGCUCGAGGGUUUACUAGCGGAGGAGAACGCACUGCGCGGUGGCUACAGCGACACGCACACUCUCGCCAACAGGGACCGCUGUCGAGUGGCACAGCUCGCCCUGUACGACGGGCCAUUCGCCCAGCUCGGGGAAGGUGGGUGUUAUGGCGAUUUAUUCUGUAAAGCGUUAAAGACCUACAACAUGCUGUGUUUCGGGAUUUACCGUCUAAGAGACGCGCACCUGAGCGCUCCGAGUCAGUGCACCAAACGCUACGUGAUCACCAAUCCUCCGUACGAGUUCGAGCUGGUCCCCACAGACCUGAUCUUCUGUUUAAUGCAGUUCGAUCACAACGCGGCUCAGUGCCGCUCCACGCUCUCACACUCCUCACACUCGUCCAGUAAGAAAAGUUCCUCCGUGCACUCCAUCAGCACCAAACACACCAAGAGCCGAGAGCCACGAGACAAACCCAACAGGAAAUACAUCAACACACAGAACUGGAGAAAUAAAGGUUCCACACACUGUUUAGGAAUUUUAGAAAUGUACAGAAUGAAAACGGGAAAGAAACCGGACUCACUGAGUUUCUUUUCUCCAAAGUGCACCGUGGAUGAGUUGAAGGGUCACAGAUGAAGCAGAGAAUCGUCCCUGCUGGGAAAUGCCAAUCAAACUCACAUAAACGUACUCAUUCAUAUAAACGCCGUGUUGAUUCAGGACCAGUCCAGCACUGCUCUCAUUCCUCCAAUCAAAGGCAACAGGCAGUGAAGUGAGGACCAAUCACGUCGCAGGAUCCCUUUGGAGUUACAGAUUGUGCUGCUUUGAGUGAGAGAUCACUCAGUCCUAAUAUAACUCGCAAUAAUCAAUCAUCAUUUCCAUUUAGCUUCACGAGUUAGUAAUUAGUCACGCUCUGAUUCUCAGGUUUUAUUUUUAAUACUAAACCGACACAUUUCAUUAUCAGAACGCAUACGCAGAUCAAUUCUCAGGCUUUCAUUAACCACGUGUCACUAUUGUACGAUUGCAACCUGACAAAGAGCUGUGUAAUUGUAAAAAGGGGCGUGGCUGAUGAAACUUCUUGUUUUCUUGACCAUUGUGAAGCGUUUAAACUGACAAAGAGCGGUGUGAUUGUAAAAUGGGUGUAGCUGAUUAAAUCGCAGGGUUUUCUCGGUGAUCUGAAGAGUAGUGUAAUUGGGGAAAGGGGUGUGGUCAAUAAAUUCUUGAGAUUUUCUUGACAAUCAUAAAGAGCGUAACUGGGUGAAGAGCAUUGUGUUUGUAAAAAAUGGGCGUGGCCAAUAAUUUCUCAUGUUUUUCUUGACCAGCUGUGCAGAAAGUAACCUGAUUAAGUGUGGUGUGAUUGUAUAAAGGGGCGUGGCCGAUCGUUUCAAUGAGCCUUUGUCGACUGUAGCUUCAGAUUCCUGUUCUUGGAGUGAAACGCAUGCGGUCCUCUGCCUCAGGAUUUGACACGUGGGCCAAUCUGAGAUGUUUUUUUGCUCACUGCGGUUGUAAAGAGUGAUUAUGAGUUAACGUAGCCUUGAUUCUUGGGGUUUUUUAACCAUUUGGGCAGAUGCUAACCUGAUGAGUGAUGUAAUAGUAAAACGGGGCGUGGUCAAGCGAAAUCCUGUAUGUGGAAGUUGUGUGACAUAAUGCAUAUAUCCAAGAAAUGGAACAGAAUUUUUAUGGCUAUGUUUGAAGGGAAAAUAUCAGAUAUAUCAGCCAUGCAUUUUAAAACGUCUCACUUCCUGUUACACGGCUCCGCCCACAUCAAUCUCUGGAUAAAAAAUAAGUGGGUGUAAAACAAACCAAACCAAACCGGCACGUGUAUCAUAUUAAAACAGUUUUAAAAAGUUUUAAAACCAUCAAAUCCAACAUUUCACUCCAACGUCCAACACUGGCACUCGGUGCGUGGCUGAUUAUUAACGUUAAACUUUAUUCAGUGCUACAUGUUAAAGAUGAAUGUGUGUAUAAAGUGUAAAUAAGAGAGUGCUCAUUAGCAUCGAGCGCUUCAGGCUUCGCUAGCGUAUUUAUUUUAGACGUAAAAUGCACAUACAGAAUUUCAUUAUUUUCAGAAUGUUAGCAUGUGAAUUAUUUUCCCGAAACUCACCGAUCUGCAAAUGUGGAGAACACAUGAGGCCUUAAAUCCGAUAAAUACAAACAGGGAUAAAAAAAAAAAAGAUUCUUACGAAGCAAACUUGCUAAAAAUCGAUGUUGCCUUAGCUCUGUGAUUUAAACUUUAUAUAUUUAUCCUUUAACUUUAUUCAUUUUUUUUAAUUAACCACCAAAAAACAUAGGCUGCUAGCUAGUUGGCUAACAUUUAGCUAGAUGGAAAUGUACCCAGUGUUAUUCUGGCUAGCUAACACCACAAUACUAGCGCCGGUGAGCUUGUGUUUGUGUUUGAAGAUUUAAAACCAUUAAUUAUUUUAUUUAACGAGUUAUUUUCUGUUUCUUGUGUUUAUCCAGACACUUAUGUAUUAGCUGCACUAGUUUAGCUAACUGGAUGUUAGCAAUGUGCUAAUUUCUUAUUCGGUAAAGGACAGGAGUAAUUCAAGUUUACAUUUAACUAGAAAAACUGAUCUACUGGCUACGAGCUAGCUAGCUAAUGUUAGCUAGAUGGAAGAAUGGCUACACUUGGUAGCUAAACGCAAAAUAACUUUAUCAUUGCUUUAUUUUCUUAAAACAUAUACAGAUUUAAUUCUGAAUAAUGAAACAUUUCCUCCUGAAGAGGAUGAUGAUAUUAUUAUCAAAGA